AUGUCCAACGACGACGCCCAGCAUGAGAUGACCUUCGAGUCCACCGACGCCGGUGCGUCUCUCACCUUCCCCAUGCAGUGCUCUGCCCUUCGCAAGAACGGUCACGUCGUCAUCAAGGGCCGCCCCUGCAAGAUCGUCGACAUGUCUACCUCGAAGACUGGCAAGCACGGUCACGCCAAGGUUCACUUGGUCGCCAUCGACAUCUUCACCGGCAAGAAGCUUGAGGAUCUCUCUCCUUCCACCCACAACAUGGACGUUCCCAACGUCUCUCGCAAGGAGUUCCAGCUCGUCGAUAUCUCCGACGAUGGCUUCCUGUCCCUCAUGAACGACGAUGGUGACCUCAAGGACGACGUCCGUCUUCCUGAUGGCGAGGUUGGCGAGAAGAUCAACAGGCUCUUCAAGAUUGAAGAGAAGGACACCAACGUCGUCAUUCUUACCGCUAUGGGUGAGGAGGCCGCCGUUGAGGCCAAGGAGGCCCCCAAGCAGGGCUAA